CGCGGAGCGGCGCUCCCAUGAGCCGGCGCUGCUGCUCGGCCGCCGCCGCCGCCGCGCUGCUGCGGGGGCUCGCCGGCCCCGCCGCGCUGUGCCUGGGCAGCGCCAUGAGCCUCUGCGGGGCGCCGGCGGGGCCUGCGGGCGGCGGCGGCGGUGGUGGGGGUAUCCCCGCGGCGCGGCUGAGCCCGCCGUGGCUGCGGCUGCCCGAGGUGCCGGGCGCCGAGCCGCACCGCACCAACGAGCUGCUGCUGCUGCCGCCGCCGGCCCCGCGCGGCCCGGCCCCGUCGCCGCAGCACCACGUCGUGUACUUCCCGGGGGACGUGCAGAACUAUCAUGACAUCAUGUCUUGCCACCCAGAAAACUUUCAGUGGGAGCACUGGAGUUUUGAAAAUGUUGCUACCAUACUUGCUCGCCGGUUCCCCAAUAGCUUUAUUUGGGUCAUAAAGUGUUCUCGAAUGCACCUGCACAAAUUCAGUUGUUAUGACAAUUUUGUGACAAGUAACAUGUUUGGAGCACCAGAGCACAGCACUGACUUUGGAGCUUUCAAGCAUCUCCAUGCUUUGCUAGUUAAUGCAUUCAGACUCUCUCAGAAUAUUCUGCUGUCCCAGAAAAGUGUGCAUGGUGUCAGCAAGGAUGCAAAAAUAGCUACUUGUAAAUCACAGCCGCAGUCUGUUCCUACAACAAAUGGCUGCUCAUCCAAAGAAAGGGAGAGAGAUUGUGAAUGCUCUAAUAAUUCUGCUGUGGACUUCAUGGUACCAUCUGCUGUAGGUGCAGCAUCGUUUACUUUGAUUGGCUUCAGUAAAGGUUGUGUGGUUUUGAACCAGCUGCUUUAUGAGCUGAAGGAAGCCAAAAAAGACAAGAAUACAGAUGCCUUCUUAAAAAACAUAAAAGCAAUUUACUGGCUGGAUGGUGGUCACUCUGGAGGAAGCAAUACUUGGGUUACUUACCCUGAAAUGUUGAAAGAACUUGCAGAGACAGGAAUUGAAGUUCAUGCUCAUGUUACACCGUACCAAGUGUUUGACACAAUGAGGUCAUGGAUUGGGAGAGAGCAUGAGAAAUUUGUACAGAUACUUGAAGAAUUUGGUGUGGAAAUAAAUGAUCAACUGCAUUUUGCUGAUGAAGUUCCCUCCUUAGACAACCAUUUCAGAGUUCAUGAAGUAUUUUGAGACUGUAUGUAUAUGAACUGUUACUCUUUGUAGAAGCACUUUAACAUUGUAAAUGUUGUCUUCUAGAUUUUCAGCUUUGAGCAGAUGCUUUCUAAAUCAGUUCUGUGUUCCUAAUAGAACUAUAUAUAAAUUUCUGUAGCUUAAAAAAGGCAUAUUGAGACCCCAUAACUAUAACAGAUGAUGUUUUUUGAUUCCUGGAAAAAAAGUGUUAGGAAGAACAAUCCUAUACAUGUUUUUUUUAAAUGUGAAUGUUUAUUCUUAAACUCUUGGCAGAAUUUUUAGUCCUGGAUGUCUAAUAUCAUAUACUGCAUUUAAUAGGACUUUAAAGUACUUGAGAAUUUCAGAUGUGUAGAUAUUUCAGUUGAGUGGCUUCCAGGGUUAAAAGUAUUGGUCUUUGUCAAUUACAGAUGUAAGGUUAGCGUUUUGGCUUAAGGAAAUUGAUUGUAAGAAGAAUGUUAGUUAUACAGUCUGCUGAGACCUGUUUUAUUAGGUAAUUAAAUAUUCCAGUUCUGUAGCAUUUCUCCUGUUUGAAGCAAAAUCACAAAUACUCACCUUUGGAAUAAUAGUGCCAAUGCAUUUCUCUUCCUUAUGUGCACCUUGCCAUUUCUGUCACUCUAAAGUUUGAUUAAUUAAUUGUGCAGUAUCUGCUAGUGAAAAGCCAUUUCACCUGGGGGCUUGAAAAUUUUGAUGUAGCUAUGCUAAGUAACUAAGAAUGUUCAUUAGGGUGCAGCUUGUUCCUGUUUCAACAUACCUUGCUGCUGCUUUGCUAACUUCUGUAAGGACCAUCAGUAAUACCUUUGUCACACCAAGAGGUGACAUACCUACCUCGGAGUGGCAAGGUUUCUCUUGGUAACUGCUGCACUGAUAUUGCUCUAAAUUGAGCCAUAAACACAUAAUCUAUUACAAGUUGCAUAAAGAAAUUCAGGCUAUGUUGACUGUAGCUCUUUCAAAAUGCCUGUUUUAAAAUCUAUUAUUUCCUUUAUAUGUAUUGCAGUAGUUGCUUCUAGAACUAUCUAAAAGUCUUAUUUUUGGAGCCUAAUUUUCCAUACAGAAAAAAACAAUCUCUAGUUAAAUAGAAAACCAGCCAGAUUUGAUACAAAAGAUGUAAUCUGGUUCAGACACCAACCUCCUGAGUGUUCUUAAGAAAGAAAUACAGAAAGAUGGACAAUGAUGGUGUUAAUGGAACUCUUCUACUGUUGCAAAUGACUUCCCAUUUAUCUACAAAGCUUAGUAUCAUUCUUAAAGACAACUGCAGGUAUUAACAAGAAACCAGUAACUCCAAAUGGUUUUGGGUUUCCUGGAUGUAUAGGAAUCCAAAAGCAAGUCAGCAAAACACUGUGAAGAUUACACAAACAAUUGUGGCUAAGUUGUGAAAAAAGGCAAUUUAUUAAUCUUUGGUUCUGUGUUUGAUGGUUUAGUGAAUCUCUGCCCUGCUUGUUUCCUGUGACUCUUGCACUGUGGAAGGGAAGUCCUGGGUGAUCUUUCUUCUGCUGGCAUCACUAAAACUUACAAGGUUCCAUGUAGAUAGCUUUUGGCAGAAACUGUGCCAAAACAUCAGUGAUCACUGAACAAUGAGAAAAGUGUGUUGUACUCCUAAGAAAAUUUCCUUAACACUAAAAUAUUAAAGGUAAUAGAAAGGACUAUGCAUACAGCAUGUACCUUACAAUUUGAAAGAGAACUCUAUCACUAAUUAUAUUCAUGUACCUAGUUCAUCAAAAGAAAUCUAUUUUAAUUGGAGAAAAGUGCCACAUGCAAACAAACUAAAGAACCUGAAAUUUAGUUCCAUCUGCUUUUUUAUUUUGGGCUGUUUCUUGGAGAUUUCAUUCAAUCCUGUUUGUUGAUUACCAUCUUACUAGUCUUAUAACAACUUUUUAAUGUGUUUCAAGGAGCAUUUUUCCUCUUUUUUGUCCUUUUGAUAACAUUUGCAGCAUAUGUGAGGACUUUUCUCUGUAAAGAAAAUACGGCUCACCUAAAGUGGUUUUGAUAGAAAGCCUGCAAAUGGCUUGAAAUAUGUUUAACCAUCCACUUACAAAGUAAAAUUUUAAAAAGUAAACCAACAAAAACCCCAGAACAUUCUAUUGCUUUUGCUUCCUCAGUUUCAGACUGACUCGGCUAAGCUGGAUUUGCUAACACUUGCCCAAUCCAGUAACACUGCAGAUCAGAGACCAAUUUCUAAACAAUUCUGUGCCUGCCUGCCAAAGCAACAGAACUACGUUGUUGCAAGCUUUUGGAAAUAGCUAUUAAAAUAUUGACCUUGUCUUCAAAAGUUUCUGGAUGGCUGUCCUAUGAAAAUAAUACUAACCUGUUUGAUGGAGGCUGCCUACAAUAGCUGUUAAAUAGGCUUAAGUGUUGCUGCAUUACUUUGAAGAAUAGGCACUUUGUUGUAAAACUAAUCUUGUUAUGAGACCUCGUGUUGUGGAGGGAAAACUGACUGGUUGUUUUUCAUUCUUUAAACAGCUGUAGUACUCUGUUGGAAUGUGCCUCUGUCAUUCACUACAAUGCAUGCUAAAAAUAAAUUUUGCAAACUAUGUAGAAAAUAAACAAUUUCUAAUGGGCGAAACCACUUUGAUGUGAGUAUAAAAACAUUAAACAAGGAAUGUGCA